AUGUGUGAUUUCAUUGAGGAUCAUACUCCAGAAUUCAAGGAGUACUUCCAGAUCUUUAACCAAAGGGGUAAGGGUAAAACACUGUAUCCAUGGGGGGGGAAGUUAAUGAGGGAGGCUGUGGGGAUAGGACUAGGAGGAGAGGACAAAGCAGGAGGUGGGGGAGCUGUGAUCUCUGAGUUGCUCAGGGUCUUGGGGAACCCUAAGAGUGAUGAGAUGAAUGUAAAGGUGUUGGACUUGGAGCACUUCCUAACCAUGCUUCAGACUGUGGCCAAGGACAAGGACCUGGGAACUUAUGAGGAUUACAGAGAAGACCUUAGUGUGUUGAAGAGGAAGGGUACUGUCGCAGGUGCUGAAAUUCAUUAUGUUCUUGUCAUAGUGGGUAAGAUAAUAGAGGAAGGAGAGAUGCUGGUGGCAGGGCAUGAGGACAGCAAUGGUUGUAUCAUCUAUAAAGAACUUGUUGCAAUGGUGUUGAAUGUCUGA